CCCGCGGCGGCCGGUCGUGUCGUGAACACGAUGUAAUUUUCCGAGAUCCCAACUCUCUUCUUCUAUUCUAGUACUAGUUAACGAUACGUAUCAUGUAUUUUCUAUAGAAAACUUUGGUGCUCAUUAGGGAAAAAAAAAAUAUUUUUUAUAUUUCAAGUUUGUUAUGAGUUGGUAGAUUAGGCUUGUUUUUUUCUCUCGGAUAAGUGAAAACGCAAGCAAGAUGAAUUUCAUAGGCGCGGUUGGUGGUGACGGCGAUGACAGCGACGACAAGGAGAAGGAAGAAGAAGCGGAACGUGAACGGCAGGAGGCCAUCCGUGAAGCUGAGGAGAGACGCAAGGAGAAACAUCGCAAGAUGGAGGAAGAGAGGGAGAAGAUGCGACAGGAGAUUAGGGAUAAGUAUAAAAUCCCAAAGAAAGAGGAAAUGGUUGAGCAACAACAACAGGAGCCAGACAAUCCUCUGAUGAGGAAGAAAAAAACUCCCGAGGAGUUGGCUGCUGAAGCGGAACUGGAAGAUCAGGACGAGUUCACGAAAUUGAAGAACACCAUCGAGACCCAGGUGAACGAGCUGAAGUCGCAGAUUGAGAGCAAAUGCGUGAUGCAGUGAGCAUCGCGGCCGAGGCUGAUCAUUCCGUCACAUCAUACACACACAGUACUAACCCUCAGAACCAUUUCGCUCAAACAUUUCGUAGGAGAGAUUUGAAUUCUAAAUUAUUUCGGACGUAGUUGGCUAGUGGCGCGUUGGUGCUUGAUAAUAAGCAAUAAUAUUUUUAUACAUUCAUAAUAAAGAGCCUCGACACAACCGACCCACGUUGAUGCGUUAGGUCAAAAAGUCAUCGCUGCUGCGAUCAGACAUUAGGAUAACCUGUUUUAUAUGUUAACGCUUGUGAUAUAUUGUUAUUUAAGUGUAAAGAUGAAAAUUUUAAUACAACUUACGGUAUAAAUAGCGCGAAUAAUUUAAGAAGUCUUGCACGCGUCUAAUUCUGCUCUCUCUUCCCCUUGGACUCCGACUUACAUUAAAAUAACAAUGUAUUCGAUUGUAAUAUUUGUUUCAUCCAAAUUCCCCUCGGCUCGGCACUUGGCAGCCGGCAGUUGGCAGUUGGCACUGGGUGUGGCUUGCGCUCUUCGAUCUUCUCUCUCAGCUCUUCGACUUUGCCUCUAAAUCUUUUGCAUGUUCGCUUAUUCAAUGUGUACGGAUCGUGUCAAGUAUUCCGUUAGGAUAGUAUACCUUAUCGACCUAGCCUUAAAAUCCACAUCGAAAUUGUAAUUCAUAGUUAACAAUAUUGUUGUUAUCGAGCGUGACUCGCUCGUGUUCGUUGUCAUUUUGUUCUUGCAUGUCUAAUAUAAGAUCAAUGUUCGUUUAGUAUAUAAUAUUGUAGAUACGACACCUUGUUGUUCCGUUUGUCAGUUAGAGUAGUUGACGCGAAUCUAAUGUUUAUCGAUGUUUUAUGCUUAGAGUAAAGUUAAUGUUGUGCGAGUAAAUUUUUCGAGCGAUUGGUGUCGUACGUUUAUGAAGAUCCGCCAGCCUAUGAUUGUCCGUUUUGAAACAACUAUAAACGGAAACUUAAUCUAUGCGUUGUAUUGCGGAUGGGAAUGCAGGUUUAUGAAUUGUAGAAUGGAUAAUUGUUCGAAUAUUAGACUCCACUUAAGCUGCAAAUGCAAAAGAUUUGUUAUCGUCAAAAGCUGUGAUAUAAGAAUAAAAUAAACUAACGCUGUGCGCCCGACGCGGACCGACCGCUCGCGCCCUUCCAUUCCCUUACAUUAGCUCUUACGUAUUUCCCUUUUUGAUCUUUCACUAUAAUACUAUUAUCAUCUUUAAAAAGCACACUUCAACAUAGUUACGCUCUCAUAGCAAAGCAUGGACAAUUAUUGCCACCUUCAUUAUACUUUCAGGUCAAUUAAAAUUACCUUUGCAAAACUCUAUUCCAUAUACACCCCAAAUGUAAAUAUGAAUCAAUAAUUUCUGAUUCUGUAUAAAGUUAUAUUUUCAGAUAAGAUACCUAUUUCUCGCAAUAUAUUUUCUUAGCUUACUUCAAUAGAUCUCGCUAACACUUCUAGCCACUCAUUAAACUCACAAUCAUCCGAUCAGGUCAAGCGACCGGUCUCUAUAAGCUAUUUAAAACUUCACAAUCUCUAAUAAUUAAGAUAAAAGUUAAAUCUUCACAGUGUACGUGUGUUAGGCUAGGUUAAUCAUAUAUUGUAAUAGUUCUAUGUAUGCGCAUGACAGAUUUUAGCUAAACGGUUGUUCGUAGAUAUUUGGGAUAUACAAUGAUAGGCGUAAGAUUCCACCUUGUCUGUUGAAUUUUUUAAAUGAUUUUGGCAUGACCAAUUUUGAAAUUAACUUUUGGAUACAGAGCUCGAGUACUAAAUAUCUGAAAACGAAUCCUUCACUAACUCUGCCAAUAAAUAGAAGUUAUUGAAAUGGUGGCAUGAAUUUUAAUUUCUUAAAUUGACUCGCUUGAACGUUGGAUUCAGCUCGCUGCCAAUGUAUUAUUAUGAAUGUAAAAUUCAAAGUAUUGAUCGACCGUAUAACUUUGAGGAUUUGUUUUCAUGUUACCGAUCAUGACUACUAAUGUUUUCAGAUCUUAAUAGCUCAGCCUACAAAAUUUGUACACGUCUUAACCUUCUUGCUCUUUCCUCUCUCCCUUUCGCCUGUAGAACUAUAACCUUCGUUGUUGGCUCUCACUACGUAGUUAUAGUUGAUUAGGGAAUUAUUUUGAUACGUAGCGAGUUUUAGAUGUAAUGUAUAUUAAUAAAUUAGCUAACUGUCACUAAUUUCAAAAAGCUCGAACGUCGCGUGUGGCUGCAUGGAAUUUUAAAGCUCUGAAAGUGUCGUUUUCUCUCAUUUGUCUUUUUUACACGUUUCAAAUAUCCACGGAUUACGUGUAGACGCUUUUAAAGCCACUAUAUGUAUGUAAGCUUUAGAUGUUUGGUGUAUAGUAACGUAUAACGAAUGAUUAUGGUAAGGUAAAUGAUUGCUUCGAAACGUGAAGGAAUUUGGGUGAUAUCAAAUGGUUGUCGCAUGUUUUUUAUUCGAGUUCACUUGUAUUAGCAACUAUGCAUAUAAUUAACAGAUUAAACACACUUACACCCUAAAGUCUUUCAAGGUUAGAUGAUUACCUAAUUUUUAUUUGAUUAAACAUAUUUUAUAUAAAACAAGGUUUAUACAAGGUAGAUGCGUAGUAUAGAAAUAAUUAUACAUUAUUUAAUAAAUCCCGUGAGAAUUUGACUUAUUUACUACAUUUGUAGCAUAAUUUUUAAGACCUAAGUGAUUUGACCAAUUUCUGACUUUUCAAAACAAAACCAGUUGAGUGAUUGAUCUUAUGACUUUUAUACUCAGGGUAAUGUUACUAUUGUUGUUUUUUAUAUUAUAUCUGUUUACAUUCUUUAGAAGGUGUGACUUUUUGGCCUUGCGGUGCCAAUAUCUACCGUCUUUUCAAACCCUGCUCUGCUCGCACUUUUCUAAUGUAUGUGGUUAUUAGAUGGCCGUUAGUACUUACAAACUCAUAAACAGCGUUUAAAUUCGUUUUUAAGAAAGACUAAUAAAGUUGUAUAUGAUAUAUAUGUUAACGUGCUUAUCAAAAUGUUUUGAUAGUACAUAUAAAAAUUAACAUGCGAGAUUUCAAUAUGCGUGUGUGGGUUUCCCAGUAUAAAAUAAAAACCUUACAAUCCAUACAGAUAUUGCUAUUAAUAAUUAUUUAAACGAUGAAAUAAAAGGCGUAAGAAAAACUAUACAAGAUUUAAAAAUUAGUAAACAAAAAGCAAAAACUUAGUAAGUAGACAACUUAGAGACAACGACACUUCGUACUACACUAACACAAGAGCUUCAAAACACAGUAUUAAUUGAUUGUUAGAUAAAUAUUUAUAUAUUUUGUAGACUUUUCCGAAUAGUAUAGAAAUAAUUUUGAAGAUCAAGGAACUGAUGUUAAAGUGCCACAGACUGCAAAAACUGCGCUUUGAAUAAUAUUUUUAACAAAAUUAUAAUAUCUGUAUUGUCCGUAAAAGUCUUUGUUUGUAUUUAUUUAAGUACAAUUUUCAUAGAAAAUAUUUUAAAUAGCAUUUUACGUGAAGGCAUGUACGGUUCGACGAGCCCUUUAGUUCUUGCUGCCCUUGAGAAUAAUAUUGAAACAACUUUGAGGUCUCGUUCGUCCCGGUACCUGCUUCACUUGUUCACAUAGGAUAGUUAUUUGGCCAAUUUAAGAUCACCUAGUGCGUUAGCUUUUAAUAUUAGUGACAUCUAGUGGUAAAAUUGCAAGUUUACGAAAAUUAAAACUAAAUAUUUAAAAAGUUGUGUAAAACAAAAUGUAAUUGAAUAAAUCGUAAUCCAUUAAUCAGGUAUGAACUUGGUUCAUAAGCAUGUUGUAUUGUUAUUAUAAAGAGAAGUUUGUAGUUUAUCCACGAUUAAUUAACUUAGAGUAAUGGAGGAAAACGAAAAAGGUUAUUGUUGAAAAUGUUUUUAGGUAAAUAAAUCGGAUUGAGCUUUUGUGAAAACCUUGUUGUUAUACCUAACCUUGAUAAGUUCUCAUUUUCCGAGCUCGGCCAGACUGCCAUUUGUAGUCUUGCAUCUAAUUAGUUCCAAAUUAAACUGUCUCUACUAUCACAUACGUAGUUUCGUACUAGAAUAGGCUUUUUCGCUACUUAUUGUUUUAUAUCUAACUGUUGCAGUGCAUUGUUAAAUUUAUUUACUCCUUAUUAGUUAUGUAUAAAGUUUAGAGGUAGCCAUUUUCAUAUUAACUUACCGUGAGUGUGAAAGUGGUGUAUCUACCAUGUUGUUAAAUAAUAAAUAAACUACAUUGUACCACCA